AUGAAGAUGAUGCUGAGUCCGGAUCAGCCCGAUCCUGACCUGAUGUGGACUCAGUCUGACCCGGAAGCAGUUCUGAAUGUCAUUAAGGUGGAGUGCAUGCCUGAAGAGUCUCCGCUCGCAGACGGGAAGCAGCGUGCGCUUGCGCCUCCCGCACUGACCCGCGAAGAGAAGCGGCGGAGGAGGCGAGCGACUGCCAAGUACCGACUGGCCCAUGCAACGCGCGAGCGCAUCCGUGUCGAAGCUUUCAAUGUGGCGUUUGCCGAGCUGCGGAAGUUACUCCCGACACUUCCGCCCGACAAGAAGCUCUCAAAGAUAGAGAUCCUUCGUCUCGCUAUAUGUUACAUAUCUUACCUGAAUCACGUCUUGGACGUGUGA